UCCUGAGAGACGUUACCCGCGCGAUGAGCGUCCACAGCAUUAUCGCAUCUUCCUCCAACUCGAUUCUACUUCUCUGAACUUCACCUUCCAAAUCCUCUUCAAUUAUCUCCCAUUUUCCAAACCUAUAUACAAAUUCUAUAUCUUUUAACUAAUUUAGACACAAUUUAGGGUUUCUUUCUUUUACCGGAGAAGAUGACAGCAACGCCUUCUGUUUCUUCUCCAUGGAUGCCUGAAGAUGACCUGUUGCUCAAGAAUUCGAUUGAGGCUGGAGCCUCUCUUGAAGCCCUUGCAAAAGGGGCAGUAAAAUUUUCUCGCCGAUUUACUUUUCGUGAACUUCGAGAUCGGUGGUAUUCUCUUCUCUAUGAUCCUGAUGUUUCAGCUCAAGCUUCUGCUCGUAUGGCUGAACUUGAACUAUCUGGUUCUAAUCCACCAUCAAGAUUUAGUAGAUUAGAGAAUUUGAAAGGAAGUGAGGUCCCUGGGAAGAGAAAAUUUGGAAGCAUCCGGAGACAAUAUUAUGCUACACGGAAGAAAAUUAAAAAUGAAUUCUUUAGCUCUCCAAAUCUUGGGUUUUUUGAGGAACGCAACAAUCAUAACUACAGCCAGCAAGAACAUAAAUUUCAAGAUCAUGUUACGACUAAUCAUGAGGCCCAUGGUGGCGAUGCCAUGCUAGGCGAUUGUCUUGCAAACAAUUUGGGUUUUGAGGAAACUGACUUUGAGAUCUUGCGUCAGGCUUUUCCAGAGUCAAUAGGGAGCAUUGCUACUACGACUACUAUUGUUGCUGAUAAUCCAGCUAAUGCUUUUCAUAUGGAAGGAUGCCAUAAGUCGGUUGAAAAUGAUUUUAUAAAUGGAUCCAUGAGGGAAGAUGGCUUGUAUAAAUUUACUGAAGACGUUUCCUCUUCAGGAAAUGAAUUGAUGGGUUCUUUUGAUCCAAAUAUUGAAAUGAAAAAUGCCACCCAUAUGCCUAAAGGUGAGUCUGAUAAAUUUGCAAUAUGCAUGGAUAUUGAGGAGUCAGGUCCAUCAGAAACUCCUCCCAAUGAAAAGGCUUUCAAAACUGAUAAACCAGAAGCAAAGCUAGCGUUGACCCAUGAUUCAGUGAAUGAAAGUAACCAAGUUCUCUGUUCCGGAUUUGGAGGGAAACAACAUUUUAACUCCCCUGUUUCGGAUGGUAGUGCUUCAUUUCACACGAUGGGUUUUUCAUCUCCAUCAACUCGGCUGCCUCUCUGGAAGACAUUGGAAGAUGUUUCUGCACCUGAUAUGCCAGUUGACGAGAACAAUGCAGAAAGUCAUCAGGUUGCAGAAGGGACAUUAGCACUUGCUGAGGAUUGUGAUCAUGGAAGGGAGAGCAAGAGUUCACCAGGGUAUGAUGCUGCCCAUCCAGAGUCUCUUUUGGGAGGCAGACCUAAUGGUUUUAUCAAUUCUAGUGCUGUUCAGGAGGGUGAAUAUGCAGAUCUCCCAGAUUCUCUUCUGAACUUCUCAAACGACGAUGAUCUUCUUUUCAUGGAUGUAGAUGUGAAAGAUACAACGCAAGAUAUUCCUAAUCCACAAUUGGUUGGUUCUUCUAAGGAUGUACAGGAAGUUGAUUUAUGCAAUGUUGAUACUACCUUGUUAGUUGCAAGUCCUAACGUAGCAAUUCCCAGUGUUCAAUGUCUAGAAGAAUCAAAAGAUUUCUCAUUUCACAGUGAUCAGCAGGAUGUUUGUCAUCGGGAGGUUGACGUGCCAUCAACAUCAGUAUCACAGCCGGACUCUCUUCAGCUUACAGAAGGGAAAAUUAUUUGCACUUUGAACAGAGAAGACCCAGAAAUACCAUGCAAUGAUGAUAUUUUCUUGCUGAUUCACCCAUCCACUCCAUUUGCUCCUGUUGGACUGCAAAUCGCUACAGAUUCUAUUGAUCCAUUAUCCUCCUCAUCCCAUGAGAAGGAUGGCGAACAGGGGAUAAGCACAUUAAGAAAAGGAAAAGAUCCUGCACCAUGUUUCCCAAGAUCACGUACUGUUGGACCAAAUGCAUUGCCUGAAUAUGUUUCUUCCCACCCACUUGUUGGGUCUGCAUUCAAACAUGAGUCAUCUGAUGGUGAAUAUCUGACGGCACUUCCUGGAAAGCCUAACAAUCUUAGAAUUCCUAGUCAAACUAGGGCCAUGCAUACGGCUCUAGAAAUUACGGGGAAUGGAAUGCUGGAGGAAGAUUCUAGUAAAGUUGACCUUCGGGGUUUAGACACCCCAGCAACGUACAGCGAGAGGCCAUUACCUGUAGAAGUUGGCUCUGUCAAAAUGAAUGAUCCAGAAUUGAUGGAUAAUACUUAUAUAUCAGAUCAGUAUAACUCUGAUAGUGAUGGUGACAUACCUUACUUUUCUGAUGUUGAAGCUAUGAUACUUGAAAUGGACUUGGCCCACACUCAGGAGUCAUGUAUUUUAAGUGAAGUUGCAAGGUAUCAAUAUGAGGGCACUAAAAGGAUGAUCAUUAGGCUGGAACAGUCUGCUCGUUCUUCAUUCGAAAGAACCAUGUCAUCUCAGGGCGCCCUUGCCAUCUUUUAUGGCCGCCAUUUGAUGCACUAUAUCAAGAAAGCUGAGGUCACAAUAGGAAGAUCAACAGAUGAUACUGAGGUUGAUAUUGAUCUAAGAAAAGAAGGCCGUGCCAACAAAAUAUCUAGGCGGCAGGCUACCAUAAAGAUGGAAGCAGAUGGAUCAUUCAAUCUAAAAAAUCUCGGGGCGAGUUCCAUCUCACUAAAUGGCAAAGACGUUGCCCGUGGACAGGUGGUUGCACUUGGUUCAAGUUGUUUAAUUGAGAUAAGGGGGAUGUGCUUCGUGUUUGAGAUCAACGACAAGUAUGUGAGACGAUUCUUGGAUAGCCAGCCAAGGUAAAAGUAAGAGUAGGCAAAUUUCGUGUAUCCAUGAGAGGAAGAGUACCCCGUUUUAAGUGUGGCCUUCUCUUUUUCCCUGAUCAUGUUUUACUUGUGUCAAAAUGUCAAUCCUUCCCAUAUUCUUCUAAGACAUCUAUAUACCAUGCAGCUGCUGCUCCAUAAAUAUGCAAUUGUGUAAGAUAUGUAAUAUAUCAUCAUCAUCAUCUAUAAUCAUGAUUGCUUCAUUACAAGUAAAGACAUGGUACCAUGAACAGUUGAUGUGUUUAUCCU